AUGGCCACGGACAAGGGCCUCUUCACCGCCAUUUUGAACCCCACCGCCGUCGUGCACACUGACCGGGAUUCGUCAUCGAGCAUUCCCUGCUUCGAUCCACACAGCCUGCCUACCCCGCCAAUGGCUGCCGGCCUCAUCGCGGCAUCUGGCCGUCUGGACUUGAGCAACCGCGAGCAGCGCACAAGGCCCUUCCGGCCCUCGCUGGAUCGGGAUGCGCGCUCUGGCAAGCGCCCGCUGCAGGCAUCAUCCACGCACGUCCGUCUCAUGGCCGCGGGCUAA